AUUACGGACACCAACUGCUAAGAAUGAUUCGAAAUGAGCUGAUGAUAAAAAUUUGUAUCUAUUAAAAGAAUAACAGUCACCCUAUCGACGACAUCAGAUGUCUCCCAGAGACACGUUGCUAAAGGCGAGCAUUUAGGCUCAAACUGUGGUUAGACGUCGCAGGACCGAUACGUACGUUUUCAGAAGCACGAUGAAAGGAGUCGAAGUUUUGGUGACCCUGCUGCUGGUCACGGGUGCCAGGGCUGGAGUGUGGGAUAACAUUGUAGCAGGAUUCAACAGCGCCUUUGGAAACACAGAGGAAGCACCUUACACUCUCAUAAAGACUACGGAGAACUACAUCGAACGUCUGUAUCCUGCCAAGAAAUGGGUCUGCACGACAGCCACUGGUCCAUCUAAGGAAGAGGCUGAGGAGACAUCCAUGUUCAUGAAGCUCUUCAGAUACAUUUCGGGACAAAAUGACAGGAGCGAAUCUAUCCCAAUGACAGUCCCAGUGACAACAGAAUACACCCACGGAGACUCUGGAACCAACACUUACACCAUGUGCUUCUUCAUAGGAGAAGAUCACCAGGCUGACCCUCCUAAACCAGAGGACGAAACUGUCUUCAUUGAAGACCGCCCUGCCUUGACCAUCUACACCAGGACCGUGGGCGGGUACAUGAGGACCGAAUCCAGGUGGAUGGACGAGGCUGCGAGACUGGCCGGAUUCCUUCAAGACGAUGGCAUCUCCGUCUCUCUGAAUCACAUGUACUGGGUCGGAUACGACGCUCCUUUCAAGUUCUGGAACAGACGUAACGAAGUUUGGUUCCGGGCAAAUUAAAUAGCAAAGACUCUUUGUGUAAACAACAGCGACAGCUCUUCUUGAAGCAACAACAAACAACCGUCGCUAUUUAGAUGAAAGCUAUUGUCGUUGUUAUAAGCGACAGCGACCGUCCUUGUUGACGUAACAAAGACAUGAGUGAUUGUCCUUGUUCGAUUAACAAAGACUGACCUUGUUUAGUUACUUAGGAGCUGCUGUCACUAAGCGGCUCCAACAAAGCCAAGUAGCAAGUAGCAGCAACAAGCUGAGUAGCGAGUAGUAGUAAUUGUUUCAUAUUUAUCAGCAGCUUAAUUAACGCACGCUUGGCGAAUUAACCACCCAAAUUCGGAGAAGUGGAGUUGCAAACUUUAUUUGAGAAUGAGAGAUUUUGUAAGAUACUGAGGAUUUUCAAUGCUUCAAUCGGUGACGGAUAAGAAAGACACUUUGUUUAUUUUGCCUUAGGAAAUUUAGGUCAGAACUCGAUGACGAUAAAUUUUCAGAGCAACGUGUGAUGUCAACUUUCAAAAAUACAAUAACUUGUCUCCUG